AUGGCCGAUGGCUUCGAGCGGCCUAGCUGCAUCACGCGUACGAGUCGCGCUGCUCUUGUGGUCAACGUGCACUGUCCGCACGGCGGCUACCGCGAAUACAGCCUCACCGUGAUCAACUACAAUGUCAACAAGGAGCUCGAGAUUGCCGUGUACAAGACUGGUGGCGAGAGCUGCACGAUCGCCUCCGACGACGCUGGACCUUCUGUGCACUUUGACACGUCCCGCCUCCUCGUGGACCACGACGCCGCCAAGGCCAUUGAAGCGCUCUUUCCGAGCAUCGCGACCGCCGCGUCAUCGCCCGAGGAGCUCUCAGCUUGCGUUGUCUGCUAUGGCCCCAUGCGACUGCCGCCCGUGGAUCUGGAGACGAUGGAACGGCAGCCAUGA